CGCGGAAAGUUUGUUCGAAUUUCAGCCUCGUAUUCCUGCGAAUAAAGUCAGAUUUGUUACAUCCGCCGUCAGCUCAUACGCCCUAUAUGGGAAACUUGGUGCUAAGGCCUCUUGGCUCCUAAGCGGCCUAAUGCUCUAGGGCAGAGACGGAGGCAGACGGGAUUCCCGCUCCAUCUCCACGGCACCAGCCUUUGAGGAUUUUGUUCAUUUCUGCGGUGGUAAUAAUCGCAAAAGCAUAAGGGGAUCUUCAUUUCCUCAAGAGGGGCUAAAACGCUAAAAGGUAGGUAUUUGUGGAGACUUCUCUGGGAACACUUUUCAUUAAAGAUAUUACAAAAGAUCUGUCGCCUAUUACUCCCACUCUUUCCAGUCUUUCGGGCCUUCUUCUCAUGUUAUCCCCUUCUGUGACUAUAUUUACAGGCAGCUAAUAACAUAAAUAUGUCACAGCAGCCUGCAAUCUUUUCUUUAUGGCGAAACACAUUGCUUUUCUUGCUUCUCUGUUUACCUCUUAAUGCUCUCUUUGUCUUCACAAACCCACCACCUUUCAUCAAUGGUCCUGAAAAUCAAUCCAAUGAUCCUGCAUAUAACGUCGAAUCUAUCUUAAAAAUCAGCUGGAAGGGCUCACAGUCUGCACAAUCCGACAAAGUCUCAAUAGACCUAUGGCAAGCAGUGCCCAACUCUACGGCAGAAUGGGUUUUUCAAAAUAUCAGCGGCCGCCAGUCGUACAAUUGGCACGUUAAAACUUCAAGAAAUCUAUCUCUCUCCGACAGAUUCUUCUUCCUGAUGUAUGUUGAUGGGAACGAGAACUACGUUGCCAGAUCGCAUCAGUUUAUAAUCAACGAUAACUCGACAAAUACAACUUCAUCCGAUGAAACCUCGUCCAGUACAAGCACCGGACUCUCUUCUGGUGCUAAAAUAGGGAUAGGAGUUGGAGUAGGUGUGGGGGUUCCGGCUAUAGCUGGGGUUGCCCUCCUUUUCAUCCUCAGACGACGGCGGCGUGGGCAAAUUAAGGCUUCCGGACAAAAAUUUGAAUCUACAGAUGGGAAACCCGCGGUAACUGAACCUUUUGAGGCACCGGGCACCAAAUCAGAGAUAACAGCCGAACUGGGAGGCGAGACGAGUGGGAAGAGACCCCUGGAACUUGCACCUAAUACUGUGAACAAAACCACAGAGCCACAGGAGCUUGAGGCACCUGUCUGAAUACUACACACAGCUUAGAAUGAAAUAUACCCGUAUCGGAGCAAUGACCGUGGCUGCUGGUGUUUCCGUGCUGACAAUCCUAUAUAUAGUUUUCAUCUCUAUCCUGCGAUAGGAUAAAAUGACGAGCAUAUGUGCAGUGCGUUGUGGAAGCAUUAGUUUAAUUGGCCCACUAAUUCAGUUAUAUAUUAUUCCGUUAGCGUCUCCAACUAAUCAGCUGUGUCUCGAUGCGAUGCUGCUGAUUAUCAUGCGAUCCAGAUAUCCCACGCUGCUAAUUAGAG